AUCUACAGACCGCAUACAACCUCCCACCAUCCUUCAUCUUCCCAUAUGUCCAACUAAAAAGCAUUGUCCAAGAACGAGUACUGCUCACAACACAAACUACAGACAACCCCAACACAGAAAGAUUGGCACUGUAUGACAGAUGCCGUACGGCCCCAAUCAGAGCCCGCUCCCUGUCCCUCAGCUAUGCAGCCCUAAGACACACUAACACGAUGCCAGACUUUUCCUUUAUGGCACAGUGGAAUAGGGAACAAACUAUUCGCUUUCCUAAAGAUCAGUGGCUACGAUCAAUCCUAGCGCUUAAAG